AGGCGCAUUAAAUUCGACCUGCUCAUUUUGGCGUAGUCUCCCGGUCAAAGAUAGAAGAUAUUUGAAUCAUGGCUGUAACUCUCUUGCCAUGCAUCCCCGACUCAUCUGUCUCCCCACGUGCUUUGCUGGUCCAUGUAGUGGCUCUAUUCAUGUCCGGAUUUGGAAUGUUGAUAUGGACACAACGGGAGGAGAUGGCAAUGCUGAAUCACCAUAUCAGCAGAGUUACUCUUUGAGUUCAGCACGACCAAGGAAAGGAUGUCUUUCCAUCGGGAACAAACACCUUGAAGAGUUCAAUCUAAAGCAUAUUUUGACCUUAUUGUGUGUUCCAUAGACCUUUCAAUGACUGACUAAUCGACAAAUGAUUGGCUCUUGACGCCAAGCUUACUGAGAUUGUCCCUUGUCAACCCUCUGAAGCAUUCCAUUC